AUGACCGUAACUAUUGCCACAGACUUGGGAAAAGUGGUCACUCGACUGCAGCUGGAACGCUCCGAGGUGGCCUUCUACAUAUUCACCAACGGCAGCAAGCAGCGGGCUAAUCUAACCCAGCGUUUCACGAACACGGACCACGCCCUGAACAACAUGACCACCUGGAGCGAGAUCAGUGUUCCCACAGCACCGGAUGAGGACGAGGACGAUCGGGAGAUGAUGCUGAACCGCAACGAGUUCCAGAGUCGAUUGAAUGAGUUCAGGGAUCGGGUGCGUUUCGAGCCCGAGGAGAGCUCCAUUACCGAGGUGAUGAACUGGUACACGUCCAUCAAUCGUGGCUUACUACAUCACCUAAACGAGCAGAUCAAGGAGACGGACAACAGCGGCGUGUGGCGCUACCUGGUGGGUUUCAAGAACCUGCUUAAGAGCAUCGAGUGCCAGAAUAUUGCCACUUCUUUCGGCAUCCGGUAUUAUGGCCGUGGAUCCUUGACGGCCGAGAACUUUGUGUCCUAUGUGCGCUACGAGUUCAUGGCUCGAGAGAUGAUCAACUCCACGCUGAAUUAUGCUCCAAUGCUAAAGAAUAUGUACACUAAUAUCACUAAUACCAAAAAGUUCCAUCGCACCAAGCAGAUGAGCACAACUCUUUUGAAGAACAACCCGAAUGUCUCAAAUGAACGCAGUGCCAUCGAGUACUACGAGUUAAUGAACAACUAUACGGACGACCUGCGAAUACUACAGAAGGCCCUUCGACGGAUGAUCAAGGAAUAUGUGGAUAAGACCCUAAGGGAGGCGGACCGAAAGGAAGCCAUUGGCAUUGCCAUACUGGUUGUGGUGCUUCUGGUGUCCCCAGUAAUCAUUGUUCUGGUAAAGAAUGCCGCUGCCACGAUACAGCUAUAUGCCCUGAAUUUGUCCCAAAAGGCCAAGGAAUUGAAGCGGGAGAAGCGCAAAAGCGACUCGCUGCUCUUCCAGAUGCUGCCCCCCAGCGUGGCCAUGCAGCUGAAGCAGACCCAGCAGGUGCCUGCCGAGCUGUACGAGGCAGUUACCAUCUACUUCAGCGACAUCGUGGGCUUUACCGAAAUCGCCGCGGAGUGUACCCCGUUGGAGGUGGUCACCUUCCUUAACUCUAUCUACCGUGUGUUCGACGAGCGCAUCGAGUGCUACGAUGUCUAUAAGGUGGAGACCAUUGGUGACUCCUAUAUGGUGGCUUCCGGCCUGCCGGUGAAAAACGGGAAUAAGCACAUCAGCGAGAUAGCUACAAUGGCGCUUGAUUUACUAGACGCCUCGUCUGUGUUCCGCAUCCCCAGAGCCGGCGACGAGUUUGUCCAGAUCCGAUGCGGUGUCCAUACGGGUCCGGUAGUGGCCGGAAUUGUGGGCACCAAGAUGCCGCGCUACUGCCUCUUUGGCGACACGGUGAACACGGCCUCACGCAUGGAGAGCACCGGCGAGGCCCAGAAGAUACAUAUCACCGAGGAGAUGCAUGACUCGCUGCAGCAGGUGGGAGGUUUCCGGACCGAACAUCGCGGUCUCAUCGAUGUCAAGGGCAAGGGUCUGAUGAGCACCUACUGGCUGACCUGCAAAGACGGCCCCGUGCGUGUGCGCGAGGAGAUCUCGUGGCGGGCAGACAUGCAGCCUGUGUUCCUGGACCACCUCAAGCUGCAUCCGCCGACCGACUACAAGCUGCCCAAGCGAAAAUGA